CUCUUCUUUUUGGGCAUGAACAACGAACCUUUGUGAUUUUUUCCCCUAAAGUUAAUUAUUAUUAACAUUCAGUAAUAAUUUCAUCUUUAGUAAGUCAGUCUGUCCAAUAGCAGCUUACUACGUUUGGAAUGAGAAUUGUUUUUUUUUAUAUAACGUGCACGUUAACGGAAUGAACUAUUAGACAACACCUAUGUUUUAGUGUAUGGGGGGAAUUUGCAGACGUUCCCUUAUUUACGCUAGGCAAUGAAAACGCAUUGGAGCGUUUUUAAGCAUAAUUAUCCAGCCACACCAAGCGUUGACUGUUCCGAGUGCAAUGAUUUAUGAAAGUAUAGUGUUGUUAUAUACCCUUUAACCCAACUGUGCUAGUGAUAUCUUUGUAAGAUUGUCGCCUUCAGAGGUAUACGGAAGCUCAAAGAGGCCUUGCGUUAUCAUUUUUCUGUCUAGUUUUCUCGUGAUCUCGACAUAACAAAGGUAGUUUUCUCGUUAUCAUGACUUAAUUUUCUCGUGAUCUCGGCAUAAUAACAUUUGUUUUUCCUCUUGAUCAUGACUUAAUUUUUUUCGUGAUCUCGACAUACCAAAAAGUUGUUUUCAAUAAGGCUAUCUGGAGGCAACAGCUAAAAGCACUGUUGCAUAAUGGAUGACUGAAUACGUCAGAAAGCACAGAAAGACGUGCUUCUUGACCACUGAUCUACAUAAAUAGAUCAGUGUUCUUUACACCUGUUGAGUGCAGAAGAAAGCGAGUCUUACUAUUGAUGAAAAAGCGUUUAUUACGUGGUUGUGACGUGCUGGUGUUUAUUAAUAUGUUUGAUUUAGCCUUUGUGAAAGGUGACUGGUUUAGAAGAGGAUAGGACAGGCGAAUAUUUUAUAACCAAAGUGUAAUGAAUUAACAUAACUUUUUAUACAAUAAAUUGUACUUUUCUGCCUAGGAUCUCUCAUUGUCCUUCAUACCUUGUAACUUUGAAUGGUAAGUCCGGUAGGUUAAUUAAAACUAUAGUUUAAAGGCAAAAAUAACUUUUUGUUAUGUCGAGAUCACGAGAAAAUGAAGUCAUAAUCACGAGAAAACCUUUGUUAUGUCGAGAUCACGAGAAAACGAGACAAAAUAAUAAUAACGCAAGGCUCUUGAGCUUCCGUACGGGUAAGAGAACCUUAAUCUAACUUUACCCUGCUGCUCAAUCGGUCAUACUAAUCCAGUUUAUGGGUUAAUUAUAUACCAACGUGUUUUAAAAUGAGUUGUCAAAUACUCAGAGCAAUCAUUCUGAAUGAUAAAUGGUUUGAGUGACAAAAUAAAUGGAUCCCCUCCCUUUGCAAUUACCUUGUCAGAUCAUUUUAAAAGUAUAGUUUCUGUGGCUUCUCAGAAACUCCAGUGUCUCAUUUCUGUUUUUGAGAAAGCUCGCGGGUGUUGUUGCAGUGGCAUGUAUUAUGAAUGAACGACGCAGAGAUGGCUGCCGUUUGAAAUAGCCUAUAUUCAGUCUGAAUAAAGAAAAUGUUCGACAUUUUAAUAUCUGUUUUGGUUCGUGAUCAACUUCAAGAAAGUGGAUUAUCAAAAUAGGAGUGGGUUGCAUAAGCAGCUACGCGCCGGUUGUUUAUUUGGCGCUAGGACCCCGGGGAGAUCUUCUCAUGCUCCCUAAAGCACAAUGCGGAUUUGCAUGCUUUUGUUCAGCAAGGCAAACACGGGUGUAUGUGAGUGAAACCUAAACCACCGGAAGACUACACACUCAUACUCGCUGUGCAAGAAGCUCUUAUUGGUGCAGAAUCAUUGCCGUGAUGGGAAGCUUUCAGUCUUUGCCCGAUGAUCAUCAAUACAGAACUCUGUCCAAGAAGACAGGCUUUUCACUGGAGCAGAUCACAAUCCUCCACAAUCGUUUCAGGCAGCUCAGCCAAAAUGAGGAAUCAUUAAGGAAAGAUGACUUUAAAACAAUCCAAGACCUAGAAAGCAAUCCUAUUCGGUUCCAGAUUGUAGAGGCCUUCUUUGAUAAAAGGAACUUCCAGAAAAAUGAUGUUGGAUCUGUGGAAGAAAUUGGUUUUGAGGAAUUCCUUACAGUCAUGUCAUACUUCAGAGCACCAGCCCUUCAUAUAACAGAGGAGAAGAGAGAAGAGAUACGGAGAGCCAAACUUCGUUUCCUGUUUAACAUGCACGACACAGACAAUGAUGGUACCAUAACACUGGAAGAAUACAGACAUGUAGUAGAAGAGUUGUUGUCCCGUAGUGGAGCACUUGGAAGGGAGACAGCCAAGGGCAUUGCGGAUGCUGCAAUGCUGGAAGUUGCCAGUAUUUCAGUUGGUCCAAUGGCACCUGAUGAGUUCUAUGAAGGGAUCACAUUCGAGGAUUUUGUUAAGAUUCUUAAAGGAAUUGAAAUAGAGACGAGAAUGUACAUUCGCUUCUUGAACAUGGAUACAACUGUGAUGUGCAAGUAAUGUUCUAUCUAAAUAUUGCUGGUUACAAUUUUCUUGUAAAAAGAGCUCUCUUUGCACUUUAAUGGAUGAAACCAGUUUAGGGUUGUUUGAAUAGAUAUUUAGUUCUAUAAAAUAUUUAUUGGAUCCAAGAGUGUUAGUAAAAAAUAAAAUAAAAGUUAGCACUAACAAAAGUGUCCAUUGAUACCAGCUCUUGAUACUCUAUUUGCAACUCACCUAGCUUUACGUGCACAUUUAUAAUUGUGGUACUAUGCAGACGUUUAAUUAUUUUAUUUUAUUGUUUUUUAAAGUUUAAUUAUUAAUUUAUUUAAUUAUUGAGUUGUUUGUAGUCAUUUAUUCUAAAAGCAUAUGCUUAUCAAUACAAUAAUCAAAUGUAAUCAAAAUUUAUUUUCACUAGAAAAUACUAAAAUGAGCAAUCAUAUUGUGACCACUGUGUUUUAUCAAUAUUGUCCUUUUGUGUGCUCUUUUUCCUCAUAUUGAUACGCAGUGAUGGGUAGUAACAGAUUACAUGUAAUCUGGAUAUUACAAAAUAGAAUACUUGCAGUCGUAUUACAUUACAUUUGAAAAUAAUCGUAAUCAGACUACAGUUACUUUUUAUAGAGUCCAUGAUUUCAUAUGACAAGGCAACAACAUUAAAUAGUUUAUUGAUCAUCCUAAUCAUUCUCUUUUUUCAAUCUUUUAAAUUGUACAUUCUAAAUCAGCACCAUACGUUUGGUAAAUCUUUGUGUAUUUUUGGAAGUGGGGGGGGGGGGGGUAUUUAAUUCAGAACUGAUACUUACUAGCCAGUCAGGUGGUGAUGGAGUGGUCUACCUCAGCAUUUAACCACUGAAUCUAUAGAGAUCAUUUCAUUUUUAAGAAGACAUGGGGCAAAAAUAUCACUGUGCAAUGAAAACUAUUCCUUCCAAAAGUUAAUAUCAUGUCAACUGGGAAUGAUUCUAUGUCAAAUCUAAAGAAGCAUUUGGAAACUUUGCAUCGCAAAUAUAACUAACUCAAACACAUUUUUUCAAUUAUUAUUUGAAUGAUCACUCAGUGUGCAAUAUAACCAUGUUGCAAUGUCUUUGGAAUGGUUUUGUUCAUCAAAUGCAUAAAAAUGCACAAAUAUACGUAAUUUCAUAUUCAAUUGGAUUAGCGCCAUAAAAAUACUUUUAGUUUCUUAAAUUGCUUUUGUAGUCAGCUUUAAAAAUGUAUACGAUUGCACACAGUGAUAACUUUGAGACGUUUUUGUGAUGCCAAUUCUCAAAUAUAACAGGUUUGAUCUCUAACCAUACGUGAAUGGCAUUUGUAAAAUGGCAAAAUUGCAUGACUACAUUCGUGUUAACGUGCCCUGGGAACUCCAAUAAGAAAAUGCCUUUUAAACACAAACUUAUUUGUGUCUAUUAUUGAUGGAGGGCCUAUACUGCUAUCAGCAUCACAGGGGAAAAUAUGAAAACUUCCUUCAUAUUUUUACAUUUGAUAUCAUUAAUCUGAAUUUGUGGACAUUAGCACCACUCAAAUGAUUAAAUCACGCAGAAUUCGGUUGAAUGUAAUCUGAAAGUAAUCCAAAAGUAAUCAUAUUGGAUUACUCAAAAUGUAAUCUAUUAGAUUACAUUACUGAUUGCAUUUUUUUUACAUGUAAUUAGUACCUGCUUACAAUUCACAAUUAAUCCACCCAGCACUGUAAUGCUAAUAAAAUAAACGGUACUUGAAACCAUAUUCACAAAUAAAGAACUGCAGUUACUUCUAUCAACCAGCAGAUAUCACUAAUGUCAUGGUUUUGUCUGUGGGUAGAAAUAUACUCUACCAUUUAAAAGCAGAUUUCAGCAGCUUUAAUGGGCAGUUAUAAAUAUAUUUAUCAACAAACAUUACAAUAAAACAAUACAAAGGUACUCUAUGACUAUGACCAAGUGAAUUAGUAUAUCAAUGAUAACCAUAUGAUACACAAUGUUAAUCUGUAAUUGCUAGUGGAAAAAAAACUAAGACAUACAAUGUCAUGCAUAAUUAUGUAAUAAUAGAUUUUAUAUGUUGAUAUACAGAGCUCACAUUUGAAGUUCAAGUUGUGUCAGCAGUUAUGGAUUGUACUUGUAUUGUACAAGCACUAUAAUAUAAUCGGUGUACUUUAUUGAAGGGGAGGAAUAUGCUUUGCAUAGAGCAUUAACAGCUGUUUUACUUGCAAAAAUUAACCUACCUGCUGUAUGUCCUAUGUAAAGGGGCCAAAUAUGUCCCAAAAAUAAAAAUUAAUGAAAGUUUCUACUGUUAUCCUUAAAAUAAAAAAGACUGCACAUGCAAACAAUGUAUUGAAUUUGUAAGCUGCAUAUACCACAAUAAACAUUUUCUUGU